CACCUAAUGGACCACCAGCAAGCGGGGAGAGGAUGAAUGCGUAACGCGUGUCUCGCAUGAAGCCGCAUCUGCCCGAUGACCUGAACAAGCUCGGAGCGAUGCCCUAAUGCGUACUUGCCGUACAAAGCGUCCCGUGGGGUUUAAAGCUGGGCUUCAACGGUGAGCAGGUACGCUCUGUCUUUCCCUUCCCUGUCUCCUUCCCAGUGCAUUAUUUGUGACGACUACGCGCCUGUCAUGACCUCCGCACGCCUCGCCGCUCUCCCUGAAGCCGAGUCGCUUAACCAGUCAACCUCAUGUGGGCCUAUUCGGCCUCUUCGCCACCACAAGACCGGCUCGCGGACGGCGGGCAGGUACCACCCAUACCGAACCCGAUACACCGAAGGCGACGACAUGGACGCAGAGACGGCGCGCAAACUCCUCCAUCUCAUGGAUGCUCACGCCAUGAGACGCGUUCAGCCGGGCCUGACUAUCGCCAGCGUCGUGGCGGAGAUGGAGGGCCGCUCUAAUCCCCCAACGGACGCCCAAGUAACGAAGAUCACACCCGUACCAACGUCGGCGUCCGUUUGUCCCAGACUCCUGCCUUGCGGAGAGCGAGUCGGAUAUCCCAAGAUAGUCUCGUCGCACGAGCUCGUUGUGCUGAGGGAACUAUAUUUUCUGUUCGCUUGGGCAUGCGUGGUCCAAGAGGCAGUCGUACGGCUGCACCGGUGCAUGUAAUUCGCCUUCAGCUCAUCCCUUUCGGUCACCUCCCCGCUAUCCAUAGUUUAUUGCCGCCUUGUCCUUUCUGACGCCCUUCGCCUGCCUCUGUAUGCCUAGAUCCUUCCAUAUGCUUCUGUCCACUCUGUAUCGCUUACCUUGUUCCCGUUGGCUGUACUCUCGAAUAAAUGGCGCAUAUAGAGCCUCCUCCAUUCGGGGUUUGAAGACAAAAGUUUAAUCAUGUUGCCGGAGUUGUGAGUCAG